CGGGGUGGCAGAGGCGGCGCGGAGCGGCGGCGGCCGAGGCAGAGCAGGACCAGCCGGCGGAGACGCGGCGCCCGGCGGCCGGGCCGAGCCGGGGGCGGGCGAGCCAGGAGGGGCGCGGCGCGGCGGACUGGGGGCGCGCUGCGGAUGGCCCGGCCCGGCCCGCGGGGGGGGUGAAGUCCACGGCCCCCUCGCCCUCCCCCCCGGCCCCCGCCCGCCCCCUCCCCGGCCCGCUCGCCCUCCGGGGCGGUGGGGCAUGGCCUGAGGGUCCCCCGUCUCCGGGGGGGUGGGGGGUGGGGGGAGGGGGGAGGGGCCGCGGGCGCCGCCGACCGGGACUCUGCAGCCCCGCCAGGCAGCCGCCUGUGAUGCUGCCGUCCCCCGUCGCCCCGUGGCCCCACGAUGACCCACAGCCCCGCCACAAGCGAGGACGAGGAACGUCACAGUGCCAGCGAGUGUCCCGAGGGGGGCUCCGAGUCCGACAGCUCCCCGGACGGACCCGGCAGAGGCCCCGGGGGGACACGGGACAGGACCAGUGGGCCACCUGGUAGCCUGGCCUCCAUCCGAGGCCUCCAGGGCCGCUCCAUGUCUGUUCCGGACGACGCCCACUUCAGCAUGAUGGUCUUCAGGAUUGGCAUCCCGGACCUGCACCAGACAAAAUGCCUCCGCUUCAACCCGGAUGCCACCAUCUGGACGGCCAAGCAGCAGGUGCUCUGCGCCCUGAGCGAGAGCCUUCAAGAUGUGCUCAACUAUGGGCUCUUCCAGCCUGCCACCUCGGGCAGGGACGCCAACUUCCUGGAGGAGGAACGCUUGCUGCGAGAGUACCCCCAGUCCUUCGAGAAGGGGGUGCCUUACCUGGAGUUCCGAUACAAGACCCGCGUUUACAAACAGACCAACCUGGACGAGAAGCAGUUGGCCAAGUUGCAUACAAAGACGGGACUGAAGAAGUUUCUAGAAUACGUGCAGCUCGGGACAUCGGACAAGGUGGCACGGCUGCUGGACAAGGGGCUGGACCCCAAUUAUCAUGACUCAGAUUCUGGAGAGACACCCCUGACGCUGGCGGCCCAGACGGAAGGCUCUGUGGAGGUGAUUCGAACCCUGUGCCUGGGAGGGGCCCACAUCGACUUCCGGGCCCGGGAUGGCAUGACAGCCCUGCACAAGGCCGCCUGUGCCCGGCACUGCCUGGCUCUCACGGCACUCUUGGACCUUGGGGGCUCCCCCAACUACAAGGACCGCCGGGGGCUGACCCCUCUGUUCCACACGGCCAUGGUGGGGGGCGACCCCCGCUGCUGUGAGCUGCUGCUCUGUAACAGGGCCCAGUUGGGCGUCGCCGAUGAGAACGGCUGGCAGGAGAUCCACCAGGCCUGCCAGCGAGGUCACUCGCAGCACCUGGAACACCUGCUCUUCUACGGAGCUGAGCCCGGAGCCCAGAACGCCUCAGGGAACACUGCCCUACACAUCUGUGCACUCUACAACAAGGAGACCUGUGCCCGAAUCCUCCUCUACCGCGGGGCCAACAAGGAUGUCAAGAAUAACAAUGGACAGACGCCUUUCCAGGUGGCCGUGAUUGCUGGGAAUUUUGAACUUGGGGAGCUGAUCCGGAACCAUCGAGAACAGGAUGUGGUACCCUUCCAGGAAUCCCCCAAGUAUGCUGCCCGGCGGCGGGGUGCCCAGGGCGGGGGGCUGACGGUGCCCCCGGCGCUGCUCCGUGCCAACAGUGACACCAGCAUGGCGCUGCCCGACUGGAUGGUGUUCACGGCUCCGGGAUCCUCAGCCUCGGGCACCCCUGGCCCCACUCCGGGGCCUCAGGGCCAGCCGCAGCCCCCCGCCCCCAGCACCAAGCUCAGCAGUGGGACCCUCCGGAGCGCAAGCAGCCCCCGGGGUGCCCGGGCCCGCUCCCCGUCUCGGGGGAGGCACCCUGAGGAGAACAAGAGACAGCCCCGAGGCCGGCCCAGCUCCAGUGGGACGCCCCGGGAAGGGCCUUCUGGAGGCACCGGGGGCUCGGGGGGCCCGGGGGGCUCUCUGGGCAGCCGCGGGAGACGCAGGAAGCUGUACUCGGCGGUGCCCGGGCGCUCCUUCAUGGCCGUGAAGUCGUACCAGGCACAAGGCGAAGGGGAGAUCUCCCUGAGCAAGGGCGAGAAGAUCAAAGUGCUUAGUAUCGGGGAAGGAGGCUUCUGGGAAGGUCAGGUCAAAGGUCGUGUUGGCUGGUUCCCCUCUGAAUGCCUGGAAGAAGUCGCAAACCGCUCCCAGGAGGGAAAGCAAGAGAGCCGCAGUGACAAGGCCAAGAGACUCUUUCGGCAUUACACGGUGGGCUCCUACGACAGCUUCGACGCCCCAAGCUUGAUGGAUGGGAUUGGCCCAGGGAGGGGGCCCGCGCUCCCCUCUCGGCCCCCGCCCCUGGCCGGCGCAGGACGCCAAGGGGUUAAAGCGCCCGCCGCGGCCGCCGCCGGAGCUGUCCGCGGUGCUGAACCCCGCGCCGCCGCCCGCGCUCCCCGCCGCCUGACCCCGCGCCCCCGCGACCCCCGGCAUGUGAGCCCCCGGCCCUGCCCGCCCUCCCGCGGGAGGCCGCCCCCCGCGCUCUCCUCCAGCUGGCCGGCCCUGGGGCCUCGGAGGCGCAGCGUGUGGUACAUCUACAGGGCUAUCUCUCCACUCCUCUCCCCUGCUCCACCAGACAAACUGGAUGAGAUUCUGGCUGCAGCUCAGCAAACCAUCAGCGCGAGCGAGAGUCCUGGGCCCGGGGGCCUGGCGUCCCUGGGCAAACACCGGCCCAAAGGCUUCUUUGCCACUGAGUCGAGCUUCGACCCCCAUCACCGCUCCCAGCCGAGCUACGAGCGGCCAUCUUACCUGCCUCCUGGACCUGGGCUCAUGCUCCGACAGAAAUCCAUAGGGGCUGCCGAAGACGAAAGACCCUACCUGGCGCCCCCGGCCAUGAAGUUCAGCCGCAGCCUGUCGGUGCCUGGCUCCGAGGACAUCCCGCCGCCGCCCACCACGUCGCCCCCGGAGCCCCCUUACAGCACCCCGCCCGCCCCGUCCUCCUCCGGCCGCCUCACCCCCUCCCCCCGGGGAGGGCCCUUCAACCCCGGCUCCGGCACCCACCCGGCCUCCUCCCCGUCGUCCUUCGACGGGCCCUCGCUCCCCGAAGCCCGCGUCGGGGCCCGGGAGAAGAGCCUGUACCACGGCGGGCCGCUGCCCCCCGCGCACCACCACCCCCCGCACCACCACCACCACCACGCGCCGCCGCCGCAGUCCCACCACCACCACGCGCACCCGCCGCACCCGCCCGAGAUGGAGACGGGCGGCUCCCCCGACGACCCCCCGCCCCGCCUGGCCCUGGGGCCGCAGCCCAGCCUGCGCGGCUGGCGGGGCGGGGGGCCCAGCCCCACCCCGGGCUCCGCGUCGCCCUCGCACCACGCGGCGGGGCCCGGGGCCGCCCCGCAGGCGCCCGCGCUGCGCUACUUCCAGCUGCCCCCGCGCGCGGCCAGCGCCGCCAUGUACGUGCCGGCGCGCUCGGGCCGGGGCCGCAAGGGGCCGCUGGUCAAGCAGACCAAGGUGGUGGAGGGCGAGCCGCACAAGGCCGGCCUCCCCCCCGCCGCGUCCCCGCAGCCGCCGCCCGCCGCCGCGCCCGCCGCCGUUGCGGGGGCCACGCCGGCCGAGAAGAACUCCAUCCCCAUCCCCACCAUCAUCAUCAAGGCGCCGUCCACCAGCAGCAGCGGCCGCAGCAGCCAGGGCAGCAGCACCGAGGCCGAGCCGCCCAGCCAGCCCGACGCGGCGGGACCCGGGCCCGGAGGCGGGGGCGGCGCAGGCUCCGCCACCACCGUGCCGCCCGGCCCCGCCCUGGCGCCCGCGCCGCCGCCGCCCGCGCCCGCGCCCGCGCCCGCCUCGCCCAGCGGCCCGGCCACGCUCGACUUCACCAGCCAGUUCGGGGCGGCGCUGGUGGGCGCGGCGCGGCGGGAGGGCGGCUGGCAGAGCGAGGCCCGUCGGCGCUCCACGCUCUUCCUCUCCACCGACGCGGGCGACGAGGAAGGCGGCGAGGGCGCGCUGGACGCGGCCCCGGGGCCCCGGCUGCGCCACUCCAAGUCCAUCGACGAGGGCAUGUUCUCCGCCGAGCCCUACCUGCGCCUGGAGGCCGGGGGCGGCGGCGGGGGCGGCUACGGCGGCUAUGGGGCGGGCGGCCAUGCCUAUGGGGGCGGCGGCGGCGGCAGCAGCAGCAGCAGCAGCAGCGCCUUCACCAGCUUCCUGCCUCCGCGCCCCCUGGUGCACCCCCUGACCGGCAAGGCCCUGGACCCCGCCUCCCCGCUGGGGCUCGCCCUGGCCGCCCGCGAGCGCGCCCUCAAGGAGUCCUCCGACGGCGCCGGGCCCCCCCAGCCCCCGCCGCGGCCGCCGUCGCCCCGCUACGAUGCCCCGCCGCCCACGCCGCACCACCACUCGCCCCACGCCCACCACGAGCCGGUGCUGCGCCUCUGGGGGGCGCCCCCGCCCGACCCCGCCCGCCGCGAGCUGGGGUACCGCGCGGGGCUGGGCAGCCAGGAGAAAGCCCUGCCGGCCAGCCCGCCGGCGGCCCGGCGCUCCCUGCUGCACCGCCUGCCCCCCACGGCCCCCGGCGUCGGGCCCCUCCUGCUGCAGCUGGGGCCCGAGCCCCCCAGCCCGCACCCCGGGGUGAGCAAGGCCUGGCGCUCCAGCGCCCCCGAGGAGCCCGAGCGCCUGCCCCUCCACGUGCGGUUCCUGGAGAACUGCCAGCCCCGGGCGGGGGGUCCGGGGGUCAGGGGGGUCCCCUCGGAGGACGGACCGGGGGUCCCGCCGCCCAGCCCGCGCCGCUCCGUGCCGCCCUCGCCCACCUCCCCGCGCGGCGGCGGCGAGGAGAACGGGCUCCCCCUGCUGGUCCUGCCGCCGCCCGCCCCCUCGGUGGACGUGGAGGACGGCGACUUCCUGUUCGUGGAGCCGCUGCCGCCGCCGCUCGAGUUCUCCAACAGCUUCGAGAAGCCCGAGUCUCCGCUCACGCCCGGGCCGCCCCACCCGCUGCCCGACCCGCCCGCCCCGGUCACCCCGCUGCCGCCCGGGCCGCCCCCCGCCGUGGCCGCCGCCCCUCCCACCCUGGACUCGACCGCGUCCAGCCUGACUUCCUACGACAGCGAGGUGGCCACGCUGACCCAGGGGGCCCCUGCGACUCCCGGGGACCCCCCUCCGCCCGGGCCGCCGGCUCCCGCCGCCCCACCGCCUCCGGCGCCCCAGCCGGGCCCGGACCCCCCUCCCGGCACCGACUCGGGCAUCGAGGAGGUGGACAGUCGCAGCAGCAGCGACCACCCGCUGGAGACCAUCAGCAGCGCGUCCACGCUGAGCAGCCUGUCGGCCGAGGGCGGGGGCAACGCCAGUGUCGGGGUGACCAGCGGGCCUGAGCCGCUGGACACGUAUGUGGCUUACCUGGACGGCCAGGCCUUCGGGGGCAGCGGCCCUCCAGGCUCCCCCUACCCCCCGCAGCUCAUGACUCCCUCCAAGCUCCGGGGCCGGGCACUGGGGACCUCCGGAGGCCUGCGGCCCAGCCCCGGGGGAGGACUCCGGGACCCGGUCACUCCCACUAGCCCCACCGUCUCUGUCACCGGGGCUGGGACUGACGGGCUGCUGGCCCUGAGUGGUUGCCCCGGAACCUCACCCUCAGGUGUGACCGGGGGCCCAGUGGCCGUGGAGCCGGAAGUCUCCCCCGUGCCCCUGCCCUCAGCCUCCUCCCUGCCUAGGAAGCUGCUACCCUGGGAGGAGGGCCCGGGCCCCCCGCCACCACCCCUGCCCGGGCCCCUGGCCCAGCCUCAGGCCUCCGCCUUGGCCACCGUCAAAGCCAGCAUCAUCAGUGAACUCAGCUCCAAGCUUCAGCAGUUUGGGGGCUCCUCGGCAGCUGGCGGGGCUUUGCCCUGGGCCCGGGGAGGCAGCGGGGGAAGCGGGGACAGCCACCACGGGGGAGCCAGCUACGUGCCCGAGAGGACCUCCUCUCUGCAUCGACAGAGACUCUCCGAUGACUCACAGACCUCGCUCCUCUCCAAGCCCGUCAGCAGCCUGUUUCAGAACUGGUCCAAACCGCCUCUGCCACCGCUCCCCACUGGAACCGGGGUCCCCCCUUCGGCUGCCUCCACCCAGGGGGCCACCUCGCCCUCAGGCUCCUCCUCUGCAUCCACCCGCCACCUCCAGGGUGUGGAGUUCGAGAUGCGGCCGCCCCUGCUCCGACGGGCGCCCAGCCCCUCGCUGCUGCCCGCCUCGGAGCACAAGGUCAGCCCCGCACCCCGGCCCUCGUCCCUGCCCAUCCUGCCUUCUGGACCCCUCUACCCGAGCCUCUUCGACAUCCGCAGCUCCCCCACUGGAGGGGCCGGGGGCUCCGCUGACCCCUUCGCCCCUGUCUUCGUGCCGUCGCACCCCGGGAUUUCCGGGGGGCUUGGGGGGGCUCUGUCGGGGGCGGCCUCCCGAUCCCUCUCGCCCACCCGCCUGCUCUCGCUGCCCCCGGACAAGCCAUUUGGCGCUAAGCCUCUGGGCUUCUGGACCAAGUUCGACGUGGCUGACUGGCUGGAGUGGCUGGGCCUGUCGGAGCACCGGGCCCAGUUCCUGGACCACGAGAUCGAUGGGUCCCACCUGCCUGCCCUCACCAAGGAGGACUACGUGGACCUGGGGGUGACCCGGGUGGGCCACCGCAUGAACAUUGACCGUGCACUCAAGUUUUUCCUGGAGAGGUGAUGGCUGGCCUGGGCGGACCAGCCCCCCACCCCACCCCACCCCACCCCACCCCCAGUCUACGGAACCCUGGGGCCUGCUGGCCUCUUGAUCUCUGGCCCUUGACCGUCAGUCCGUCUGUCCUUCUCUCCUAGGCCAGGGACUUGCAAAAAAAAAAAACUGCACCCUUGCCCUAGUGUCUCCCCGGGGCUGGAGGAGGUCGUCACCCGGAGGUGACCUUGCUUCUGGCCAGACAUUUGCACCACUCUGGAGGGGGCAGCUGAGGAGGGCUGAGCCGGGUGUGUGACGGUGGGGGAAUGCAGGGGGGAAAAGGGGGAGAGAGAGCCCUUCCCCACUGGGGGGAUGAGGAGGAGGAAGGGUUGAUUCUGGGGAGGGGAAAACAGAGCCAUAGAGUGUCAGCCCUGAGCCUGACCACAUGGGGGCCCAUCCCCCAGGCCACAGGGGAAGGGGUGCCCUCAGAUUCCAGCACCUGCCAUCCCUUUACCAACCCUUCCCCCUCUCCAGGCCCCUUGGCUCUUCUGCGUACACAGCAGCCCCCCACCCCCCACCUCUUGCCGCCUGCUCACUUCUUCCCCCCCCCGCCCCCCCCGCCCCGGGCUACAAUUUUGCACAGACCUCCUCCCCCAGCUGUCUUGCACACGCCACCGCCUUUGCCUCUGUCUCUUGAGGCCUCUCCGCUCUGGGGCGCGCACACACACAUACAUGCUGUCCCUUGAUACACUCACUUACCCUCCACGUGCUUCCUCCACGUGCCCCUGCCCCUCACACCCUCCUCUGGGGAAAUCUCCAGACCCUUGGUGCAGACACACUUGGGACACCCUUUAAACCCUCCUCUGACCAGCCCCUGUGCGCACUCACUCACUCUCUAGAACGUCCUUCUUUCGCUGCCUGACUUUUUCCUGUCACCCCUCUCUCACGGCACACUUGCCUCCAUCUCUGUAAACACUUAUUUUCAUUGCCACUUGGCUCCACCCCCCCUUGCUGUCACUUCUCACCCACUCUGCACACCUGUGCCCCGAACUGAUCCCUGCUUUUUUGCUUUUUUUUUUUUUACAUCAGAGCACUAUUCAGCUCUGUCUUAUAUGGUGGUGUGGGGGAUUGAACCUGGGACUUUGAAGCCUCAGGCAUGAGAGUCUCUUUGCAGAACAAUUAUGCUAUCUACCCCCGCCCCCAUUCUCUGACUCCAUUCCUCUCAGGCUCCUGCCCACCCCGUCCAUCCCUUUGUUCUCUGCCCUUGCCCACCUCUGUCUGUCCUCAGCUCUCAACGUGGCCCCCCUCGCAUACACACUCUUACAAGCACCCGACCCCCCUGCUGUCCUGAACUUUUUUCUUUUGCUUGGACUUUGCACACCUAGGCUUUGCUGCACGCUCCUCCCUGAGCUUCUGUUGGUCCUUCUUAGACCCUGUCUCCUGGGAUGUGCAUGUGUGGGGGGGUGGUCUCUGAACCCGGCCCCUUUGCAUGCUGUCUCACUCGAACACUCAGGCUGUCUCAUUCACUGCUUCUCUGUUUCUUCCUUCUUCUCGGCUCUUGCCCUGCCCCCUGCACACCUCCUCUCCCCAUUCAUCUAUGCCUUCUCUCUCCACCCCUCUCCCGGGGCCGUUGUCUUAUCAUUUUGCUUGAAGAUUCUGCCAUCACCCCAGCCUUGCCACCUCUCCAACAAGCCCUGCUCCCCUCCAGCAUGGCCAGUCCCGCACGCCCCCUCCUCCCUUUCUGGGGCUUGAGAAUUUUAAGCCACCCCUUCCCCUGGGAAGCCCCCUCCUCUACUGUGGGUAAAGGGGGAGGGCAUUGCCCUCAGGUUCCCCCCAUAUUCAGCUGCCAAAGAAGGGAGCUCCCCCGCCUUCCCCCAAGCCCAUUCCUCCCUCCGCUGCCCCCACCCCAAGGGGGAGGGGCGCUCCGUCCUAGGGGGAGGGUGCUUGCAACCCUCACCCUUCACCACGUCAGGGAUCUGCGGGGAACCUUGUGGGAGGGUCGCGGAAGGGGGGAGGAGGCGGAGGGGGGACGGAGGUCGCGCAGGGCCCCUACCCGCCCCCUCCGCCUCCUGGGAUGCCCCCGUCCGCAGGGGGCCUGCGCGGCACCCGUCUAUCAAGGGCUUGUUCAUUCCGGAUGGGUGCCGCGGGGUUGGGGAGG